AUGGAGCACAACGCGGAUCGUGAUGAGAUUGUCUCUCAAUUCUGCGCCAUGACUAGGACGGAUCCUCACGAGGCGCAAGGCUAUCUCGCAGCCAACGAGUGGGACCUCGAAGCCGCAGUGACCGAAUUCUUCGCCGAACAAGAUGAAGCUUCACAGGAUACUGGCCGUUCGCUUGGUGGCAGCUCCUCUCAUUCCCCCUCCACUACCCCGCAGCCCUCGUCCCGCAGGUCGGCCCCGAAAAAGAAGUUUGCAACCCUGAACGACUUUGCGUCGGGUGGAGGAGAAUCUUCAGAGGAGGACGAUGCAGUGAACCAGGACUUCUUCGCUGGAGGUGAGAAGUCGGGCUUGGCUGUGCAGAACCCCGAUGAUAUCAAGAAGAAGAUCAUUGAAAAGGCCAAAAGGGCUCAGCCUCCGCCAUUGGACGAACCUACCAGAAGGUCUUUCUUCACCGGCACAGCACGUACCCUUGGUGGUGAUGAGGCUCCCAGCAGGGUAAUCGAAGCCCCCAGUGCACCUGUUUCGCAGACACCGCAGCGCGUACAUAGAACCCUACACUUCUGGUCAGAUGGCUUCUCUGUUGAUGACGGAGAGCUGUUUAACUCCGACGACCCCGCCAACCGCGAAAUCCUCGAGGGUAUCCGCCAGGGCCGUGCCCCGCUCUCCAUCAUGAAUGUGCAGGCUGGCCAGGAGGUGGACGUGGAGAUCAAACAGCACGACGAGAAAUACGUGAAGCCCAAGCCUAAGUACAAGCCCUUUUCCGGGGCUGGACAGCGCCUCGGCAGCCCCACGCCUGGUGUGAGGGCACCUACGCCAGCAGCAGCUCCUACUCCCAGUCAGUCUACCGAGCCAGCCAAGCCGGACGUAGAUGAGUCGCAGCCGAUAGUGACUCUUCAGAUCCGCCUUGGAGACGGCUCACGGCUCACUUCCCGGUUCAACACCACCCAUACCAUUGGUGACGUGUACCAGUUUGUGUCCGCUGCCAGCCCCAGUAGUCAGUCGCGUCCCUGGGUAUUGAUGACUACGUUCCCUAGCAAGGAUCUUUCUGACAAGAGUGUUGUGCUGGGUGAUAUGGCGGAGUUUAAGCGGGGCGGCGUGGUGGUACAGAAAGCGGAUACUCAAGAUGCCUCUCGACGGGGUGAAGAAUGUUGUGCUGCUAAUUCCCAGGUCCUCUCGGGCAAAGGCGGCGUCGGCAAAUCCAGCGUAACCCUGCAACUCGCCCUCGCGCUCACCCUGCAAGGCAAAUCCGUUGGUAUCCUGGACAUCGAUCUCACCGGCCCUUCAAUCCCACGACUAGUCGGUCUCGAAGACGCAAAAAUUACCCAAGCGCCAGGCGGUUGGCUUCCUGUUCCUGUUCACCCUUCCACUAUCACCACCACACCCAAUGCCUCCUCCACCUCACAACCAGAUACAACAACAACGGCAACAGAAACAGAAGGUGGAAGCGCCAUAAAACACGGCUCUCUCCGCUGCAUGUCCCUCGGCUUCCUUUUACGUUCACGGUCCGAUGCCGUAAUCUGGCGCGGGCCCAAAAAGACAGCCAUGAUCCGCCAAUUCCUCUCCGAUGUGCUGUGGAAUGAAACCGAUUACUUGCUUAUUGAUACGCCUCCCGGAACUAGUGAUGAGCAUAUUGCUCUUGCGGAGCAGCUCUUGACGCUUUGUACGAUCGAUGCUUCCUCUGCAACUGGAAUGCCUCGACUGGCUGGUGCGGUACUGGUAACUACACCACAGGCGGUAGCGACGUCUGAUGUACGGAAGGAGGUGAAUUUCUGCGUUAAGACGAGGAUUCCGAUGCUGGGGGUGGUGGAGAAUAUGUCUGGUUAUACGUGUCCGUGCUGUGGGGAGGUGACGAACCUGUUCUCGAGUGGUGGGGGGCAGGUUCUGGCAGAAGAGAUGGGUGUAAGGUUUUUGGGAAAGGUGCCCGUUGACGUUGGGUUUGGGGAGUUGGUGGAGGGGAAGAUUGGUGGGGAGGAGGAUAGUGAGGAUGAGGAUGAGGAUACUAAUGGGGAGAAGAAGGAGGAAGAAGAGAAGGAUGAGAGGCCGCUAGUGGAGAGGUAUCGGGAAUGUUGGUCGUAUGCGCGGUUCGAGGAGUUUUCGAAGACGUUGAUUGCGGAGAUUGAGGGGCAAUGA